AAUACCACACACCAGGUGGCAUCCUGCUGCCUCCUCCUCCUCCUUCCAAAGAAAAAGACAUAAUACACCACACACUCACAAUCCCAUCUGCAACCUCUCUUCUGCUUCCCCCAAGUCUAAGGACAUGGAACCGGAGAACCUCGAGCUAAACCUUGGCUUAGCCCUCCAGCCAUCAUCGCUGCCGGAGCCGGCUGGGGUCUUCUCUUGUAACUACUGCCAGAGAAAGUUCUAUAGCUCGCAAGCUCUUGGGGGUCACCAGAAUGCGCACAAGCUCGAGAGGAGCCUUGCCAAGAGGAGCCGAGAGCUGGCCAGCGUCCUCCACAAGCAUGCAACCUCGACAGGAGCCGAGUCGGAGAGACUGAGGAAGGAGGGCAAGUAUAAUGUAGGGAGGCCUGUGAGCCGGGAGGAGAUGAGGGCGUCGACAUGGCCAGGGAGUUAUAAGGGAUCAAAUGAUAAAGGAGGGCUGGCUGAUGAAAUGGACUUGUCCCUAAGUUCGUUCCAUCUACUGGAUGAAGUGGCCUUGGAGAAUGAAAAGGGAAGCGGAUAUUCUAUGAUAGGGAUUAGAAGCCUUUUCCAUAAAAAUGUACUGGAUUGCACAAAUUUGGAGUAUAACGAGGGUGUGGAUUGCCUCAAUGGUAUGCUUUAUUCAGUCCAUUAUUGGUGGUCUGCUUCUGCCAGUGGGGAUGUGAUCUGAUGUCCGAGAAAAGAACAUCAGAAGUUCCUGUACCAUCCGAUCUAUAUGUUUGCUUCUUUGAUGUCUUGAUGCAGUUCCAUCUUAUUGCUCUUCACAACUUAUACUGAUGCCGUAAGUCCGCGACAUUUUCUAUCAAUUAAGAAUUUGGAAGGGGGAUUCCUGGUGGGAAUCCCCAGGAAUCCCCAUUCGAACAGGCAAUGAUUGGGUUCUCACUUCUAGUGGUGAUCUCCAGCUGUGAAGAGGGAAGGUAACGUAAAGUCUAGACAAUAUAUAUUUAUAUUGCUCACCUUUCUAUCAUCAUUGAUACCGAAUCCCAAAAUAAAAUAGUAGUUCUUUUGGGCCCUUUUGAUAAAGCGAGUUGUAUAUUAUUUAUUUCUUCGUCUUGAAUGUCCAAUAAGAUGAU